AAGGCAGAUGCUUAACGACUGAGCCACCCACGCGCCCCUGGACCAGGGCUUUCCUGAUUAGGGCUCUGACCUCGGAGUCAAUCAGCCCAGGAAUAUGCACACAGCAGGUAUUCAAGAAAUAUAUACUGAACGGAUGAAUGUUUAGUGACAGUGAGGAGAACACUGGAGCAAUCUCUGUGUUCCUUACCCUGGAGGUGGGGUUUAGGGAUGGGAAUUUUUAGGUGAGAUCUAGAGGUCCCUGCCGCCUGGUCCCCUGGCCCGGAGCAAUAGAACCUGCGCACCGGGUGGAACACGAUGUCACAGUGCCCCCUUGUGGUCGUCUCCCAUUUUAGAACCCUGGUGUGAGUGAGGCUCUCCCCGCUGAAGGAAGGAGGACGGGGCGGGAUCCCCCCGGCGGGAUCCCCCCCACCCCCCUACCCCUCCCACCCCCCGUUACCCCGGGGGGGCCCCCUGCGCCCACCAUGAACAACCAGGCUAGGGCCCCAACCCCUUCCCCGGCCCAGAUGUCGACCUCGGUCCGGGCUUCGACCCCAGUCAGGACCUCGACUUCAGCCCGGACCCCAAAACCCAUCCAGAUCCUGACCCCCGCUCGGAACCUGACUCCCGUCCCCACCCGGGCCUGGACCCCGACUCCCGUCCAGGCCCCGGGCUCGGCCUGGACCCCCACUCCGGUCCAGAUCCUGGCCUCGGCCUGGACGCCGGCUCCCGUCCAGACCCCGGCCCGAACCCUGGCUCCCGUCCCGACCCUGGUCCGGACCCCGACUCGCAUCCAGACUCUGACCUCUGCCCGGACCCCGACUCCUGGCCAGACCCGGGCCUCAGCUCGGACCCCCACUCCCGUUCAGACCCCGGCCUCGGCCUGGACCCGCACUCCCGUCCAGACCCUGGCCCGAACCCCGGCUCCCGUCCUGACCCUGGCCCGGACCCCGACUCCCAUCCGGACCCCGACUCCCGUCCAGACCCAGGCCUUGGCCUGGACCCCGAAUCCUAGCCAGACACUGGCCCGGACCCCGAAUCCAGUCCAGAUGCUGACCCCGGCCCGAACCCCGACACCCAUUCCGACCCCGACCUCCGCCCGGAGCCUCACUCCCGUCCAGACCCCGGCCUCGGCCUGGAUCCCCACUCCCGUCCAGACCCCAACCCCGGUCUGGACCCGGACUCCGACCCGGAUCCGGACCCCGACUCCUGCACAGAUGCCGACCCGGGUCCGGACUCCUAUUCCGGCCCGGAUGCCUACUCCAAUCUGGACCCCGCCUCCUGCCCCGGCCCCGGCCCCGGCCCCAACUCCAGUUCCAUCCCCGGUCGGGAUCGAGAUCACGGCCGCGGUCCCUGCCUCGGAAUCCUUCCCAGACUCGGUCCUGCCUUUGGAUCCGCACCGAGAAUCCGCUUUGGAGGAGCCCGCUUUGUCUCCCGACAAGGAUCUUUCACCCAAGCCGAGUGUGAAGCACUUCCCAUCCGUUGCCAGUGGAUUCGGGUCCAAGCGAGAGUCCAUUCUUGUCCACACUCCAUCGGCCACUGAUUUCCUGGGGCUCACCCUUGGCUCCACGUCGAAGGCAGACUCCUCGGCUACGAAGUUGACAGAUCCCACUCCCGAGUUUGUUCGGGUGCCCGUCCCGGGUCCUGACGCGUUUGCCGCCACCUUACCCGAGUCUACCAACACUUUCGCUCCCACCAUUGAGAGCUUCCCGAUGGACAGCAAGAUCGUGAUUCGAGUGAUCUACUGCGGCCUCUGAAGCUAUGGCCUUCGGUUCAUUCUACUGAGAAAGAGUCUGGAGCAGCAAUUUCCAAAUCGACUUCUCUUUCAGGAGGAAAGAGCUGCCCAGGCUACAGGGGAGUUUGAAGUGUUUGUGGAUGGGAAACUGGUCCAUUCAAAGAAGAAAGGUGAUGGCUUUGUGGAUGAGGCCAGGCUGCAGAAAAUUAUGAGCAUUAUCGAGGAGGAGAUCAGCAAAAGGUAGCAGGCAACUGGCUGGAGAUUGGCAAAAUCCAGACAUUUGAUGGCUUACUGUGCCUGUGAGGCUGUAAGGAAAUGUCCUUCGGUUGCUGGCGGAAGUGGAAUGUGGUACAACACGAUGGAAGGCAACUCUGCAGCAUCUGGAACAUUUCAAAUGAGUACCUUUGGCCCAGAAUUCUCAAUUCUGUAAAUUCACACUAUGGCUAUAAUAUAUAACAAAGAAUCUAAGUUGCUAAUUAUAAGAUGCCCUAUUAUUUUAUAAAAGUUAAGGAA